AGAUUUUCGAUGAUUUUCAAUUCUAUUGCGAAAUUUGGAGGAAAAACAUAAAAGACACAUUAUUUCCUUCUUAAUGGAAUUUUGUCGAUGAUUUAUUUGAACUGCAGCUCUGCUCCUGAAAAGGCAUUAAAGGGCCAACAUUCUAAUUUCAAAUCAGGGCUGCUAAUAAGUGACUGAUUUUGCUGAUAUUUUUUUUUUAAAAUGUACUUGCUGUACACUGCCCUUGCAUUACUCCUCAUCUUAAUCCUAUGGAAAUUCAUCAAACUCAACAUUUGGAGGAACAAAUGCAGUCAGCUAAUGCCCGGAACCCACCCGGGAUUCUUGAACCCACUGGGGGAUGUGGGACUUUUAUUAGCUAAAUACAUAAGGCAUCCUGAUAGUAAUACAUUGCAUUUAAACUUUUUCAAACUUUUAGGAGAAAAGUAUCAUCAAUUCCGAAAUGAAACUAUGUUUUGUUUGUGGGUCGCUUAUGUACCAUUCGUUAUGAUUAUAAAAGCGGAUGCUGCAAAGGAACUGUUGAAAGGAAUGAAAACCAAUGAGAAAAGCUGGGUUUAUAAAUUUUUUGAACCUUUUUUCGGCGAAGGACUUUUGACCAGCGGUGGCGAAAAAUGGAAAGCGAGACGGAAACUGCUGACACCUUGUUUCCAUAGUGAUAUCAUGAAAGAUUUCCAGUUAAUAUUUAAUGAAAAUUGCCAGAAACUAGCUGAUUUCUUUCAAGGUGAAACGGAUAAAGAUUUCACAAUUAUUGAUUACCCCAUAAAGCUUUCAUCUCUGGAUAUGAUGUGUGAAACCAUUUUUGGCGUCAGUGUAAAUGCUCUGCAUAAUGAAAAUUCACAAUAUGCUAAAGCAGGUGUAAGAUUGGGUGAUAUUUUCAUGAGCAGAGUAUAUAAUUUUUGGAUGUGGUCCGACACCAUUUUCAAAGCAACAAAGACCGCCAAGGAUUUCUAUUACCAUUUAAAAGUAUUACAAGACUUUACGAAAUCUGUUAUCAAAGAGAAAAAAGCUCGCUACUUACAAAAUCAAGAAGAGUUUGAGAAGAAAAAGCGCAAGGCACUGAUGGACAUGUUGCUGGAACGACAUUUCAAAUUUCAGGACAUGAAUGAAGAUGACAUCAGAGAAGAAGUGGAUACCUUCAUCAUGGAGGGUCACGACACCAUCGCCAUUUCUAUGAUCUGGACCCUGUACCUCAUCGGGCUUCACCCAGAAGUUCAAGCUAAGCUCCACGAGGAACUGGACAGGACAUUCGGAAGUGACAGGGAUUCGGCUAUAACGAUAGACGAUCUCAACAAUCUGAAUUACAUGGAAUGUGUCAUAAAAGAAUCCAACAGAAUCUACUCUGUUGUACCAAUUUUCGGAAGACAGGUCUAUGAAGAUACUGAAAUUUGCGGUUACACUGUUCCAAAAGGUUCUUCUUGCAUGGUGUUGAACUAUUACCUGCACAGAGACGAAACCAUUUUCCCUGAUCCUGAAAAGUUUGAUCCAGACCGAUUUUUGCCAGAAAACGCGGCUGAUAUUCCCGAAUAUGGAUUCCUUCCUUUCUCCGCUGGACCUAGAAAUUGCAUUGGUAAAGUGUUCGCUAUGCAGGAAAUGAAGACUAUCCUCAGCUAUAUUUUGAGGAGAUUUGUUCUACAAUCGCUUGAUGGAAGGGAGAAAGUGAAGCCUGUGGUUCAUGUGGUUCUGAACAACUCGAUACCCGUUCGCAUUCGGUUCCGAAACAGAUCGAAUGACAACUGACAGUGAUUUUCGUCUUCUUUUUUAUGUUAGUAGUUAUUGAAGCAGAGUUCCCAAAUUCCAUUUCGCCAGGCUGGACACGCCAUGAUCCCUCUUCGCGUUUUAAUAAAAUUCAUUAUGUUAAUUCCCAGUAUGCGGAAAAGAAUAAAAAUGACAAUAACCCUUUCAAAAGAAAAAAAAAUUAAGAUUUUUCUUUCAUAUGUGAUUUAACUAGGCAUAGACUCAUAGCAUCAUUUGCAUUUCUUUUACAUUUCAUCCUCAAAUAUGAAAAAAGUAAUGAUUUAUUUUUGCUUCUAAAAUAUUUUCGAUAUAUAUUUAUUGUUAUGUGAUCUGUCUUAAGUCAGUAAAAAAAUUGCAAUGUAAUAAAAAUACUAAUUUAA